AUGACGAAUUCAACGGUAGACGUGGUUUCGCAAAUGGAAAAGGGAGCAAGGGAGCCAAAAGUUUCGUCUAUUCAGAACGAUACGACUGUGACGUCCAGCGAAGGACUUUCAGAAUCCGAAGAUCCAUUGAACUGGCCGAAAAGUAGAAAAUGGCUUCUGACGAUCUUGACCAGCCUGGGCGGCCUAGUGACUCUCAUGUCUGGUGCGAUGCUGGCACCAGCGCUCAAUUUCAUCGGAAAAGAUCUAUCGAUAUCGAGUGCAGAAUCGUCAAUGGCCUUGUCUAUCUAUGUCCUCGCGUUUGCCUUUGGACCUAUGGUUCUGGCGCCUUGCUCGGAGGUUUUCGGUCGCAGGCGAGUGUGGAUAUGUGGUUCAGCUUGGUACAUUGUCUGGAAUACGGUGUGCGGAUUUUCGAAUAACAAAGGUCUUCUGAUCACUGCGAGGUUGUUUUCGGGUCUGGGUGCGAGCGUCGAAUUUGCUGUAUCCGGUCCGAUCGUGAAUGAUAUGUGGAGUGAUCAGGAGCGAGGGAAGUCUAUGGCAAUCAGAGGCUUCCUGCCCUUACUAGGGCCUGCAUUGGGACCUAUCGUCGGUGGACUCAUGGUGCAGAAUCUGAACUGGCGGUGGCUAUUUUGGACGCUUUCCAUCUUCAAUGCCCUCAUCUUUGCUGUCUUCAUCGUUGCAGUCCCUGAGACCCACCAUGCCACCAUUGUGCGCCGGGGAUUGAAAACACGCCAGGGUUCAGGAGAGGACCCAUCACAUUCCAGUGCGAAAACGUCUGAGUUGUCUUUGACGUCAAGAUUGAAGACUGGAAUCGUAAGGCCCACUCGCUUCCUCAUCUUCGAACCGACCAUACAAAUCAUGGCAUUGAUCAUGGCGUACCAGUUCGGCCUGUUGUACAUCAUGCUUGCGACCUACUCCAGUAUGUGGACAAGCCACUAUGGUUUAUCUCCAUCUGCUAGUGGGCUACACUAUCUGGCAAUUGUGACAGGAUACCUCCUUGCGGCACAGAUUGGAGGCUGGGCCAUGGACAAAAUGUGGGCUCAUCUAAAACAGAAGAACGGCGGCGAAACCAAACCGGAGAAUCGAUUACCGCUGAUGUUGCCUGGCACUGUGCUAAUUCCUGCCGGACUUCUGUGGUACGGGUGGUCCGUGGAGAGCCAUUUGCAUUGGAUAAUGCCAGAUAUAGGGGUGGCAAUUUUGGGGUACGGGCUGAUUUCCAGCAGCUAUGCUGCGCAAGCAUAUAUCGUGGACGCGUUCCUGGAGUACAAUGCCUCAGCGACGGCGGCGGCCAUGCUUCUUCGUAGCAUCUUCGCGUUCGUCUUCCCAAUCUUCGCACCACAACUGUACGAUAAUCUGGGAUAUGGAAGAGGAAACAGCGUGCUCGCCGGGCUCGCCGUGAUCCUGGGAUUCCCGGCGCCAAUCCUGCUGUGGAAAUAUGGCGAGAGGCUUAGAGGGUAG